GAGCUCUCACAUAAACUAAUCUGAAAUAAAACGCAUGUGUCUCUCACAGGCAGUCGAACCAUAAUCAUAACCGCUUUCUGUGUUUGUUCGUUUAUCUGUUCAUUUCUUUGGUUUGCGGUCUGUCGUGUUGUGCUCUUGUGGCAUGCUGUUAAUGUUGAUUAAAGAUGCAAGCCUUUAGUAAAUGAUUUUAUAGACACGACAUGAUAGUUAUUAAGUUCAGACUCUGUUCAGUAACAGUUAGAGGAAUGACUCACGAAUGACUCACACGUUCGCGUUUUACUUGAUACAGAGAAAAUGCGUGUUUUCUGUCUGUCUGUUAAACACGAUCAGGCUGAAUGAAACAAAUGCAUCAUUGGGUUCAGCCAAAAUGCGGGGUUUAAGUUUAUAUGAGGAAAAAAAACAUGCAAGUCCAAUUAUUCCAUGAACGUCAAAUGGCAGUGCUCUGAAUCUCCAUAUUAGGGUUUCAACAUUUAUAAGCGCAAUCUUCUCAAAAACCCCACACACUUCUCGUCAGUAUUUCACACUUUAGCUUGGUAAAGUCGUGAGAGGUGUUUCCUCCCAUUACUGAUCUCGAACCACACUCUCCAUACCAAAAUAAAAGUAAUUAAUUCAAGAGAACGGGCCAAACUGACCUCAGGCCAGUGUUAAAGUGAACUUACAGAGAAAGGGGUCUCUUAAAAGUCUCAUAGUUUCCUGAUUUGAACCUUCAGUUUCAUGAGACACAACUUUUAAACAUUAACUGGCAGUUCUGUCUCUCUGAGGGCUGCAGGCAUGUUUCUGAGAUUAUCUGUUCACCAUCCCAUCCUCACUUUAGCCCUGUCAAUCAUUUUGACUACCAGCAACUCUGUUCAGAAUAUGGUUGAGGGGGAGGAGUCAGUCAUCGAGAGGCGUGGCUUUUCAGUGAUCUGGAAUAUACCUACAGCUUGGUGUCAGCAUCGAUACGGGGUCUUCCUGCCACUACGCGAGUUCAACAUCAUACAUAACUCAAAGCAGAGAUUUCAGGGUCAGAAUAUGAGCAUAUUUUAUCAGCGUCAUCUGGGCCUUUACCCCUACAUCAACCAUCAGGGCUCAAAGAUCAAUGGUGGCCUGCCUCAACUAGGAAUCCUGAGUGCUCACCUCUCAUUGGCCAAGGUGCAGAUCAAUGAGGUAUUGAGAAAGACAUUCAGCGGAUUAGCCGUGCUAGAUUGGGAAGAAUGGCAGCCUGUAUGGAUGUGGAACUUUGGGACCAGAAUCGUAUAUAGGAAAUUUUCAAAAAAGCUGGUUAGGUGGAAACAUCCAGAUAUGUCAGAAGAGGAAGUGCAAUCUGAGGCGAAAGCAGAGUUUGAAUUAACAGCAAGAGCAUUUAUGGAAGAGACCCUACGCCUAGGUGUUCGCCUACGCCCCGAGGGAUUAUGGGGGUUUUAUGGAUUUCCCAGUUGCUAUAACAAUCGUGGCCAAGGACAGAGUGGAUACACGGGGCAGUGCCACAAUGGAACAGAGACACUGAAUGAUAAACUGGCAUUUUUGUGGCAACACUCCACUGCUUUGUAUCCCAGCAUUUAUUUGUGGCGUAAGAUGGCAGGACACACACACGCUCAACUCAUGGUGAGACACCGUGUACUUGAGGCUCUCCGAGUGGCAUCCCAGCAUUCACCUGGCACUGAAGCACUUCCUGUUUUUCCCUACACCAGAUUGGCAUUCACACACACAUUGGAAUUUCUUAAUCGGACGGAUUUGGAGCACACACUAGGUGAGAGUGCUGCUUUAGGUGCCACUGGAGUUGUGUUAUGGGGCGAGCUGAGUUUUGCCAAGUCUAAGCGGCAGUGCGAUCUCUUGCGUGAUUACAUCAGCUCAGAAUUGGGAGAAUAUGUGGCCUCCCUGCAGGCCGGUGUCAGGAACUGCAGUGAAAGAAUGUGUAACGGCCAGGGACGGUGCACUCGGCGGGUCCCUCACUCAGGUUACAUGAUCCCUCUACAUGGUACCCAUGAAGUUCCUCCUCUCAGUGACAUGAUGUCAAAGUUUAAGUGUAUCUGCUUUAAAGGAUGGAGUGGAGAACACUGUGAGCAAAGAAUUUCCUAAGAAAGUAUUUGCUGUUCUGAAUUUCCAUAUUAUUAUAAAUCACACACAUAAUAACAAUGACUUUGAUUCAUCCAACAACAAUAAAAGCAAAUACAUGUUAAUGUGAAACUCAGCUUGCAACCCAUUUUAUUUGUAAUGUGACAUUUCGGAGUUAAACAGAAUAAAAAAAAAAUUAUAGUUUCA